ACUAUGUAUACAAGUGUUUUCUGAACAGCUGCAAUAGGAAGCCAGUUCCGAAUUCAAGCUCAUCUUGAAAUUAUCACUAUAACUUGUGGGAAAAUAUGAGGAACCCAGCUCUCAUUUUAAUUUUUGUUUUAAUAAUACCAGCUGUAAUAGCUGAAAAAGGAAAAUACUAUGAAAAAGAAAAGAUCUGCAAAGAACUCAAAACCUUUGGAAUUGAGAAAUUCAGAGAAAUGGUCACUGUCCUAUACAGUCAAAAGUUCCCAAAUAACAAAUUUGAGGAGGUGAAUGGUGUGGUGGAUGACAUGACCAAGCUGGCAGAAAAAUGUUGCAAAGAUGAUGCCAGUCCUGACUGCUAUGACAAAGGAGCUACAGAGAUCUCAGAGAAGUCUUGUGGGAAGGACUCUCCAUACCCUAAACAUCCAGGCAUUGAACAGUGCUGCAUUCUUCAAGGUCAAGAGAAGAAACUUUGCCUGGCUUUACUACGGUAUACUGUAGACGAGCUGCCAUCCCUGCUGGAGCCUACAAAUGAAGAGAUCUGCACUCAGUACAACAAAGAGGGGAGUGAUUAUGCUAUUAGGUAUGUGUAUGAAUUUGCACGGAGACACAGGAACAUCCCAGCAGGCUUUGUGCUUAAUGCUACACAAACCCAUGUGAGCAUGGUCGAGAGGUGUUGCCACCCUGCUGCCAAAAUCUCUUGUUUCCUCCAAGAGCGGCUCCAGCUGGCAGGUUCCAACAUUUUUCUAAGGUUUCUCUCCAAUGUUUGCAACAAUCAAGUCAAUUUGAAAUCCUACAAAUAUGGGUUGUCUUCGUAUUAUGGAAAUCUCUUAGGAGCCACUUUUGAAGAGGCAUCAACUAUUUCCAGUCAUUUCCAGUCUGGGCUAGAAAAAUGUUGUUUACAACCCCAGCCUGAAUGUAUAAUUGAAGAGCUAACAAGCUUUCACAAGGUUCUCUGCAAUGAAUCAAAACUGGAUGCCACGACUGAGGAAUUUAGAAAGUGCUGCAAAAAACCUGCCUUGGAUACACUUCUCUGUGUGGAUAACUUGAAAAGACAAGCACGUCAGUCCCCAGAUUUAACCAAUCCUCUUUCAUCCCAGCUCUGUGCAGAAGACCAUCCACACGGAGUUGACAGAUAUUUGUUUUUCAUCGGACUGAGACAUGCAUCAACUUCUCUACCUGUUUUGACAACUGCCCUCGAUGACAUCAAGACUACAGUAACAGCGUGCUGCUCCGCUGCUGAUGUCACAGCAUGUCUGAAGGAGAAGGACAGUAAAUUGAAUAGGACAACGGCCCUUCUGUCCAAAAUUGAUGACACUUGCUCUCAAUACUUCAAACUUGACCUGUCUGCAUUUAAAACAAUGAUUCAAAAGAAAGAGCAGGGGGAGGGAGCUGAGAUGCGGGCAAAAACAUGGCUAGAGCUGGCCGCGUCUUGCUGUUCCCAACAUUCCAUUCCACAACUCUGCCAAAAACUGACACAGGAUAUUAUUAAAUAUGACAAUGACUCUGGGAUAUAAAUGCAGAUAUUUUCUUCGGGCACCAUCAAUUACGUGGGAUGAAGAGAUCUUCUACAUUUCUCCUGAUUAGAAAUGUCAUGCCACUUGCCAUCAAAAAUGUUGUAUUCUCUUUAAAUAAACUCUCUGCUUGCUUCAAA